AAAAAAGAGAGAGAGAGAGAGAAACCCGGCAGUCUCGGCGUGCCUCCGGCGGCGGUUCAUUGCGGCCGGGGAAAUCGUCUGUAGUGUUGGGAUCCGCUGUCUGUGACCCAGCAGAAGAGUUACCUUCAACCUCUGGAGACUGGGAACACAUUUUCCGAUUUUGCCUUGGAUAUUCCUCCCAAGUAUUUAUAUACUUGACCCAUCCGUGAAGGAAGGAAACAUUUGAUCGUUGGCAUCCAGGAUGUCAAACAAGGAAAACAUUAGCAGCAUCUACAGUAGCCUUCACUCUUGCCACCCCAGGAGACAAGCAUCCGGUCCACAACACCUUCCCUACAAGAAUACCAUCAUGCCAUCCACCACUCCUUCUAGGUCAAUUUUGGCGCAGAGAGCCUUCACCCACAGCACCAAGCACACCAUGAAAACGGCUUACCCCAAGAAUCCAGGUAUCGCAGGGAGGGUGCCUCUCAAACCCGCUUCCGUCGCCCCGGCCUUGCAGGACAGCCCACCGCCAGAGAGGACCGUCACCAUCGAUGAUUUUGAGAUCGGGAGGCCGCUGGGCAAAGGGAAAUUUGGCAACGUUUACCUGGCCCGGGAGAAGAGCUCCAAGUUCAUCGUGGCGCUGAAAGUGCUCUUCAAAUCCCAGAUGGAGAAGGAAGGGGUGGAGCACCAGCUGCGGAGGGAGAUCGAGAUCCAGUGUCACCUCAGUCACCCCAACAUUCUGCGCCUCUACAACUAUUUCCACGACAAGAAACGAGUCUACCUGAUCCUGGAAUACGCCCCGCGCGGCGAGCUCUUCAAGGAGCUGCAGAAAUACCAGCGCUUUGAUGAGCAGAGAACGGCCACGUUCAUGGAAGAGCUGGCCGAUGCCCUCCAGUACUGCCACAAUAAGAAAGUGAUCCAUCGCGACAUCAAGCCUGAGAAUCUACUAAUGGGCCUGAAAGGGGAGCUGAAGAUUGCCGACUUUGGCUGGUCGGUCCACGCCCCCUCGCUCAGGAGGAAGACCAUGUGCGGCACUCUGGAUUACCUGCCCCCCGAGAUGAUCGAAGGCAAAGCCCACAACGAGAAAGUGGACCUCUGGUGCAUUGGGAUCCUGUGCUACGAGUUCUUGGUGGGGAAUCCGCCCUUCGAGAGCGAAUGCCACUCCGAGACCUAUCGGCGGAUCGUGUCGGUAGAUCUCAGGUUCCCCUCCUUUGUGACAGAAGGCGCUCGGGAUUUGAUUGUGAAGCUGCUGCGUCACAACCCAUCCGACCGUCUCCCGCUACAAGCCGUAAUGAAUCACCCUUGGGUGAAAGCCCACUCCAAGCGGGUGCUACCACCGGUCUUCAACCCGGAAUCCCCGAACUAACGUUGGAUACCCAGAUGAAUGAUGUCCCCAAUAUAUGGGGGCUGCUAUGUUUUUGUUUUGUGGUUUUUGCGUGCUAUCUCAGGGUUUUGGGGAGGGACAUCUUUUCUGGAUUGGAAACAUCCUUGCACCCCAAGAUACAGACAGAGAUCUUGUUUCGGAGAGCUUGGAAAAUAAUGUGGGUGGCCACCGUCACCUGGACAGGCAGCUAUGUCUAGAUAUAGGAAUCCCCCUUUGAUGCUUUGAUCUUGGCUGACCUCCUUUGGGAUCAUCCCGGAUCUGCCACUGUGUGCAACUUCUUGCAAAUCUGUUUUUUUUCCCCAAGGAAUAAGCCAAAACGGUAUGCCCCAUCUUAAUAUAUAUAUAUAUACUCUAGAGAACUGUUAGUAAUUUCAAUAAAACUUA